AUGCCGGUUCUGGUUGCAGGGGGAGAUUCUACGAAGAUAAGCAGCUGCCUGUCACACCUGGAAGGGUCUAGAAUUGACCACAAAAGCUUUACAUCUUCUCUCCCUCUAGGUUCUAUUAAAACUCUGGAUCCACCAGUCUUUAUAAAGCCGCUCGAAGACUGCAGUGUAGAUGAAGGAACAGACUUUGUGCUUCGCGGAGUUCUCACAGGAAGUCAGCCCAUCAAAGUGUCAUGGCUGCAUAAUGGUGAAGUAGCACGCUUUGGAAACUCCUCCUUAAAUGGCAGAGACGUCAGUUUUGUGGUGAAGGAUUGCUUACCGGAAGAUGCUGGCGCCUACACAUGCUUGGCUGAAAACCGUGCAGGGCGGACAUCCUGCAGUGCAGCGGUGUUUGUCCGAGACUUCGAAAGUAUCUUUGAUGUCUCAAAGCUGCCCACUUCUGCAUUCAAGAGCACCGUGGAAAAUGGGCUGUCUUCACAAACCUCCAAACCUGAGCAGCACUUAAUAAAAGGAUCUAUUUGUUCGUCGCCUGUAAAGUCUGUUCAACAAAGCCCAGUGUCCUCACCAAAAGAACCCAUCCCAAAGAAGAGAACUAACUCAGCAACAGGCCCAGUGUUAAGCUUUAAAAAUCCACCCCGACAUUUAGAGGUGAAGGUGGGGCAGACUGCCAAGCUGACCUGUUUUUUCACCGGAAGCCCCCCUGUGCUCUCCUGCUGGAUCAGGAACAAAGAACAGAUAGUCGACAGCCCAGAAUUGUGGACUGAACACACAGAACAGAGCAGUACGCUGGUCAUAAAAGAGGCCAAACCACAGCACACAGGCCGCUACACGGUUGUGGUAAAAGACCGCAAAAGCUCAGCCCAACACACACUUACCCUUUCUGUCAUAGACAGGCCAGAGCCUCCUGCUUCGUGUCCCGUAGCCUCUGUCAUAACUUCAUCCAGCCUUGUGUUGUCCUGGUCGGGACCCUGCUAUGACGGCGGCAGUGCCAUCCAGGGCUAUGUGGUGGAAGUAAGAAACCAGAGUUCUUCUGAGUCUGGGAGGUGGGAAAAGCUCACUGCUGAGUGUGCAAGCACCUCAUACCAAGUGUCGUUCGGGCUUCAACCAGAACAGGAGUACUAUUUUAGAGUGAGAGCUUAUAACACAGUGGGGGAGAGUGAACCCAGCCCAGUUUCAGCAGCAGUGAAAAUGGAGGACACAGAUCCAAAGAGUACCCAAGCAGAAGCCCCUCAGUACUCCUGUGUCACCAUUGACUCUACUCACAAAGUUACAGAUCACUACAACUUGCAUGAGAAAUUGGGCACGGGAAAAUUUGGCUUGGUGUUCAAACUCACCCAUAAGGAGACGGGCCGUGUGUUUGCGGGAAAGUUCUACAAAGGACGCCGAGCCAAAGAGAGGGAAGCUGCCCGCAAGGAAAUCGAGCUGAUGAACCACCUCCAUCACCCCAAACUGGUCCAGUGUCUGGGGGCUUAUGAUCACAAACCAGAGAUGGUCAUGGUAAUGGAGUUUAUUGCAGGAGGGGAGCUGUUUGAACGCAUUGUGGAUGACAACUUUGAGCACACUGAGCCUGCCAGUGUGCGCUACAUGCAGCAGAUUCUGGAGGGGAUUGCUUUUAUGCAUCAGCAGAACAUUGUGCACCUGGAUCUGAAACCUGAAAAUAUUGUAUGUGUGGAUACCACUGGCACUUCCAUCAAGAUAAUUGACUUUGGAUUAGCCAGUAAACUUGAUGAGAACACGGGUCUGAAGGUGAUGCAUGGCACUCCGGAGUUUGUAGCUCCUGAAGUUAUAAACUACGAACCUGUGACUCUGGCUACGGAUAUGUGGAGCAUUGGCGUCAUCUGCUACAUCCUGCUUAGUGGCGAGUCUCCAUUCCAGGGAAACAGUGAUGCAGAGACACUGGCUUUGGUCACUGCAGCCCAGUGGGAGUUUGAUGAAGAGAGCUUUGAAGAUAUAACACAGGAGGCUCAGGAUUUCAUCAGCUCUCUCCUAAAUAAGGACCCCAGGCAGAGGAUGUCAUGUGAAGAGGGCCUUGCUCAUCCCUGGAUGGAGAAGUUUGACUCUGAGAAUCUUUGUUCUACAAAGACUCUGUCCAAGGAGAAAAUGAAGAGGUUUUUAGCCAGGCAGAAGUGGAAGAAAGCUGGCAAGGCCAUGUUGGCCCUAAAGAGAAUGGCUUUGCUGUCUAAAAACGAAAGCACUGCAUCUCUCGCAAGCCCUGAAAAGGAUUUCCUGCUCAGCCCUGAAGCAGAGGAUGCGCUAGAGUCUUUGGAGCGUAAGAUGCAGGGACCCCCCCAAUUUACCAAGAGCUUGGAGGACCAGAAAGUAGCCCAGGGUUCCUGUGCCCGUCUGUCAUGUCACCUUAGUGGAUAUCCUGAUCCAGAGGUGGUGUGGCUGUGCGGAGAUGAACCAGUAGAGGAAUCGUCCACCGUCCAGAUAGAGUAUGAAGACGAUGGCCGCUGCACUCUGAUUCUUUCAAAAGUUGCACCAGAGGAUGGCAAUGUUUACACCUGCAGGGCAACCAAUGACCACGGGGAAAUAUCCUGCAAAGCUAAACUAACGGUUCUGUAAUAGAGUCAGCAUUUCUAUGAAAACAAAGAGGAACUGUACAGAUACAAUGUUCUUGAGUGCCUAAAUGUAUAUAGUUACAGUGCGUAUGGAUGCAAAGGAGGCAAAUGAGGAAUGUACUGUUAAGCUUGUUGGUCAACUGGAAAACUAUAACGCAUUGAUAUACACAGUCUAGAUAAAGUACGUGAAUAUAGUUACAAACCUUUGUUGAGUAAGAGUUGAUAUUUCCAUGUAUGGCUAAGAUAUAUUUAUAAACUGAUUUAUACAUUUAGAUUUUAGCUGAUAAUGUGAACUAUGGAGAAUAGCCGCACCUGUAUGUUAGAUUUAAAUCUUAAUAUCGAAAGAUAAAAUGGGCUAAAACUACACUGUUGGUAUCAAUUUGUAAGGAUGGUGUCGUAUUUUUGAUCUGCGUUAAGGUUUUAGUGGAAAUUUUUUUUUAGAUGUUUUUAGUCUUUAUUCUAGAAUUAGCUUCAUCAGUUUUUAUUUUGCUUAGAAAGAAACGUAGAUCCAUCAAAAGCGGGUUUAGUUUAAGUUUAUGACUUCCUCUGUGCCAUCUUUGCAGCUCUUUGUCUAAAGUGGGUUCUCAAAGAAAUGAAUAUUAGCAAAUAUUUUUGUACAUAAUAAAAGUUUA